UAUUUCUAGGUUUAUGUUAUCAUUUUAUUAUUAGUGCUGGCAUAUAGUAGGUCCACUGACUGAAUUACUUGAAUACUUGAAUAUGGGUCUACCUCUUAGCCUUGCCUGCCCCUGAUGCAAGGUAAAUCAAGAACAAAUGAAAGGGGCCUCAUUUUACUAAAAAAAAAAAAAAAAAAAGAGUGUGUGUGUAUGUGUGUGUGUGUGUACUUCUCAAAGGGUUUGUUUGUGGGUCACCCACCUGGCAGAUAUGGGAUUUGAUUUUAUCAUGAUUGCAUCCCUCCUGCCGUCUUGUUGUGGCUUCUUUGUCUUUAGAUGUAGGAUAUCUUUUUUGGUAGGUUCCAGCAUUUUUUUGUCAAUGAUUGUUCAGCAGUUACUUGUGAUUUGGGUAUUUUCAUAAGAAGGGCUAAACUCACGUCCUUCUACUCUGCCGUCUUGUCUGAGAUCUUCCCAAGGGGUUUCGAUAAGGUGGUGAAUGACAGCUUACAGAUGGUUUCGUAAGGUCGCUAAAUAUGCAAAAUGGUUAAAUAUAGAGGGAAACCUGCUGUAUAAAAAAUAAAUUAAAUUUAAUUUUAAAAACUAUAUAGGGAAGUAUAUGUAAAAUAAUGUUAAAAUUAAUCAAAGCACAGCAUAAUGAUUAUGAGUAAGAUCUGAGUACAUAUGGCUGGAAGAAGCCACUUACACUGCACAGAGAAUCAUACAUAAUUAGCACAUUUCAGGGAAGGAGUUACAGUAUCAUUUUUUUUUUAACAUCUUUAUUGGGAACAGUAUCAUUUUUUUCAUAAACUUGUGUUGACACUGAUGAAAACUUCUAUUUAUUUUUUAAUUUGGGGGAUUUUUGUUUUUAUUGAAGUAUAGUUUAUUUACAACGUUGUGUUAAUUUCUGAUGUAUAGCAAAGUGAUUCAGUUAUACAUAUAUAUAUACAUUCUUUUUUUAAAUAUUCUUUUCCAUUAAGGUUUAUCAUAGGAUACUGAAUAUAGUUCUGUGUGCUGUACAGUAGGACCUUGUUGUUUAUCCAUUCCAUAUAUAAUAGCUUACAUCUGCUAACCCCAAUCUCUGACUCCAUCCGUCCCCCUCCCCCCUCCCCCCGGCAACCACAAGUUUGUUCUCUAUGUCCAUAACUCUGUUUCUGUUUCAUAGAUAGGUUCAUUUGUGUCAUAAUUUGGAUUCCAUAUGUACGUGAUGUCAUAUGGUAUUUGCCUUUCUCUUUGUGGCUUACUUCACUUAGUAUGAUAAUCUCACGUUGCUGCAAAUGGCAUUAUUUUGCUCUUUUUUUAUGGCUGAGUAAUAAUCCAUUGUAUAUACACACCACAUCUUCUUUAUCCAUUCCUCUGUCGAUGGACAUUUAGUUUAUUUCCAUGUCUUGGCUAUUGUGAAUAGUGCUGCUGUGAACACAGGGGUGCACGAAUCUUUUUGGAUUAGAGUUUUGUUUGGAUAUAUGCCCAGGAGUGGGAUUGCUGGUAAUUCUAUUUUUAGUUUUCUCAAGAACAUUCCAUACUAUUUUCAGUAGUGGCUGUACCAACUUACAUUCCCUCCAGCAGUGUAGGAGAGUUCCUUCUUCUCCACAUCCUCUCCAGCAUUCGUUAUUUGUAGAGUUUUUAAUGAUGACCAUUCUGACCGGUGUGAGGUGGUACCUCACUGUAGUUUUGAUUUGCAUUUCUCUAAUAAUUAGCGAUGUUGAGCAUCUUUUCAUGUACCUCUUGCCCAUUUGUAUUUCUUACUUGGAGAAAUGUCUAUUUAGGUCUUCUGCCCAUUUUUUGAUUGGGUUCUUUUUUAUUGUUAAGUUGUAUGAGCUGUUUGUAUAUUUUGGAAGUUAAUCUUGUAUCCUGCUACCUUGCUGAAUUUGUUUAUCAGUUCUAGUAGUUUUUGUGUGGAGUCGUUAGGGUUUUCUAUAUAUAGAAUCAUGUCAUCUGCAUAUAAUGACAGUUUUACCUCUUCCCUGUCAGUUUGGAUACCUUUUAUUUGUUUUUCUUGUCUGAUUGCUGUGGCAAGGACUUCCAAUACUAUGUUGAAUAGAAAUGAUGAGAGUGGGCAUCCUUGUCUAGUUCCAGAUUUUAGCGGGAAGUCUUUCAGCUUUUCACCAUCGAGUAUUAUACUGGCUGUAGGUUUGUCAUAAAUAGCUUUUAUUGUGUUGAGAUAUGUUCCCUCUCUACCCACUUUGUUAAGAGUUUUUAUCAUGAAUGGAUGUAGUAUUUUGUCAAAUGCUUUUUCUGCAUCUAUUGAGAUGAUAAUGUGGUUUUUGUCUUUUGUUUCUGUGGGCAUCACAUUGAUUGAUUUGCAUAUGUUGAACCAUUCUUGUGAGCUUGUGAUGAAUCCCACUUGAUCGUGGUGUAUGAUCUUUUUUAUGUGUUGUUGGAUUUGGUUUGCUAAUAUUUGCUAAUAUUUUUUGAGAAUUUUCACAUCUAUAUUCAUCAAAGAUAUUGGCCUGUAAUUUUCUUUUUUGGUGGUGUCUUUGGUUUGGGUAUCAGGGUGAUGGUGGCUUCAUAGAAUAUCUUUGGGAGUGUUCCCUCCUCUUCGGUUUUUUGGAAGAGUUUAAGAAGGACUGAUAUGAGUUCUUUGUAUGUUUGGUAGAAUUCUGGUCCUGCACUUUUGUUUGUAGGGAGUUUUUAAAUUACAGAUUCUAUUUCACCUCUAGUGAUUAGUCUGUUCAAAUAAUCUAUUUCUUCUUGAUUCAGUUUUGGUGGGCUGUAUGUUUCUAGAAAUUUGUCCAUUUCUUCUAGGUUGCUGAAUGUGUUGGCAUAUAAUUGUUGAUAGUAUUCCCUUACAGUUUUUUGUAUUUCUGCACUAUCAGUUGUUAUGUCUCCUUUUUCAUUUAUUAUUUUGUUUAUUUGUGUUCUCUCUCUUUUCCUCUUGGUGGGCCUGGCCAGAGGUUUGUCAAUCUUGUUUACCCUUUCAAAGAACCAGCUCUUAGUUUUAUUGAUUUUUUCUAUUAUUUUUUUAAUCUCUAUUUUAUUUAUUUCCUCUCUGCUCUUUAUUAUUUCCUUCCUUCUGCUGACUUUAGGGGUUUUUUAAAAUUCUUUUUCUAAUUCUUUUAAGUGGUAGUUUAGGUUAUUUGAGAUUUUUCUUGUUUUGGAAGGAAGAACUAUAUUGCUAUGCAUUUCCCUCUAAGAACCACUUUUGCUGCAUCCCACAGAUUUUGCAUGAUUGUGUUUGCAUUGUCAUUUGUCUCAAGGCAUUUUUAAAUUUUCUCUUUGGUUUCAUCGUUGAUCUAUUUGUUCUUUAGUAGCAUGUUGUUCCAUCCCCAUGUAAUUGUCUUUUUCUCCUUUCUUUUUCUGUGGUUGAUUUCUAUUUUCCUGCCAUUGUGGUCAGAAAAGAUGCUUGAGGUAAUUUCUAUACUCUUAAAUUUGUUGAGGUUAGUUUUGUGCCCUAGUAUGUGGUAAGUCCUAGAGAAUGUUUCAUGUGCACUUGAAAACAGUGUGUUCUGGUUUUUUUGAAUGUAAUGUCCUGAAAGUAUCAAUUAAGUCUAUCUGUUCUAUUGUAUCAUUUGGGAUCUCUGUUGCCUUAUUGAUUUUCUUUCUAGAUCUGUCCAUUGAUGUGAGUAGGGUGUUAGUCUCCUACUAUUAUUGUAUUCCUGUCAGUUUCUCCCUGUUAGUAUUUGUUUUAUAUAUUUGGGUGCUCCUGUAUUAGGUGCAUAUAUGUCGACGAGUAUAAAAUCCUCUUCUUGUAUUGAUCCUUUUGUCAUUAUAUAGAGUCCUUCUUUAUCUUUCUUUAUGGCUUUUGUUUUAUGUUUUUUAAGUUUUUAAAAAAAUAUUUAUUUAUUUAUUUGGCUGUGUUGGGUCUUAGUUGCAGCACACGGGAUCUUCAUUGCAGAGUGCGGGAUCUUUAGUUGCAAUGCGUAGGAUCUUUUAGUUGCGGCAUGCAGGAUCUCUAGUUGCAGCAUGUGAACUCUUAGUUGCAGCAUGUGGGAUCUAGUUCCCUGACCAGAGAUAGAACCUGGUCCCCCUGCAUUGGGAGCAUGGAGUCUUAGCCACUGGACCACCAGGGAAGUCCCUCUCUCCAUUCUAGCUGCUGCAAACCAGUUGCUGCAUUCUCCUCCAAGGCUCUGAAGCUCCCCUGCUCUCCUGGCUGAGCUCCCUGCUGGUGAGGGGACUUCCCAGCAUGCAGGAAUCUUUUCUCUUUCACAACUCCCUCCCAGGGUUGCAGGUCCCAUUCCGAUUCCCUUCUCACUGUCUUUUUCUUUUCUUUUAUUUUUUCCUUUUUUCUUUUGUCCUACCUGGUUAUGUGGAGAUUUUCUUGCCCUUUCAGAGGUCUGAGGUCUUCUGCCAGUGUUCAGUAGAUAUUGUGUGAGAAUUGUUCCACGUGUAGAUGUAUUUUUGAUGUUUUUGUGGGAGGAGGUGAGCUUCACGUCCUUGAUGAGCUACUCCACCAUCUUGAUCCUGGACCUGAUGAAACCUUUUAAAUUAAAAAAAUAUGAAUGAGAAUUAGGUUUUUUCACUGUUGCAAAAAGAAGUUACAUAUAAGGAAAAGGGGAAUGCUAGAAUGAACUCUAUGGUGCUAGAUUGUAUUUGGAAGUGUAAAUAAGGAUUCAUGGUUUAAAAAUAUAGGUGUGUAUGUUGGGGGGGGGAUAACACAUACACACAGUUGGAUAAAUACAAGAAUAAAUGUAGAUGUAUGUGAAUGUGUUGGUUAGUACACAUGCAUAUAUUUCUUGGCUGUAUCUACUAGAGAGAGAGAAAUAAUGACACCCUAGUAGCAUUUAGCACACCUGUUCCAUGGAUCUUGGUUUCUAAGUACUAUUUUCCAAAAAAAGGAACCCAGGGCUCAUUGGAAAACUGUUUGAUUCCAGGGUUGAGGCAGGGAAAAUAGGAAAUGCAUGUAGAACAUCUUGUGGUGCCAGAAAAUAAGGAAGUGCUAGAGAGAGAGAGAAAAAGAGAGAGAGUGUGUGUGUGAGUAGGGGAGAGGGCAUGUCAGAAGGACACAGCUCCCAAUGGCCAAAAGAGAAACAACUCAAGCAACAAAACAAAUAAUAAUGUUAUUAGAUUAUAACCCAAAGAAUAAAGUAAAUAUCCAUGAGUCCAUACUAAUAUAAGUAAAUAUCUGAAUAAAUAAAUGGGAGAAAAGGGACAACUCUUUGUUAUGAAAGAAUUCUAAUUAAUAAUGUAGAAAGAAUGAGAAUUUAAAAAUCAUCAUUAGGGACUUCCCUGGUGGCACAGUGGUUAAGAAUCCGCCUGCCAAUGCAGGGGACACAGGUUUGAUCCCUGGUCUGGGAAGAUCCCAUAUGCCAUGGAGCAGCUAAGCCUGUGCGCCACAACUACUGAGCCUGUGCUCUAGAUCAUGUGCGCCACAACUACUGAGCCUGCGUGCCACAACUAUGAAGCCUGAACACUCUAGGGCCCGCAUGCUGCAACUGCUGAGCCUGCGUGCUGCAACUACUGAAGCCUGCAUGCCUAGAGCCUGUGCUUUACAACAAGAGAAGCCACUGCAAUGAGAAGCCCGCUCAUCACAAUGAAGAGGAGCCCCCGCUUGCCAUGACUAGAGAAAGCCUGCGCGCAGCAGCAAAGACCCAACACAGCCUAAAUAAAUAAAUUAAUUAAUAAAUAAGAAAAAACCCACACUAAAAAAAAAAUUUAACCAUUAACUAUCACACUAAUAAAAUCUGCAGGCAAAACAUACUAAUAGAUGCUAAAAUUAUUGGGUAGAAGUGUGAGCAGAAACAUAAUUCCAUAGUCUCUCCCCAAAUAUUUAGCAAUUACAAAGGAAAAAUAGUAACUGUACAGUAGAGAAUCCUGGAAGACACCAAUUUAACCAAGUGGUUAAGGUUACCAUCACCACUAAUAGGACACAUCAAUAACAUAUAACCCCGAUAUGAUAUACCGGGAAGGGCACAUCACUUUUGUGGUAUUCCUACAAAUAAUGCACAACCUCAAUCCAUUCAUGAGUAAUCAUCAGAGAACUCAAACUGAAGGACACACUGUAGAGAGACAUUCUACAGAAUAACUGACCCGUACUCUUUAAAAGGCUCAAGGUCAUGGAAGGUCACAGACAACAAGGGAAGAUUGAGAAACUGUCACAAGUUGGAGGAGACUAAGAAGAUAUGACAGCCUAAUGCAAUUGCAGAUCCUGGAUUGGAUCCAGGAAUAGAGAAAGGAUGUUAGUGGACAAACUGGAGAAGUCCACAUAAAUUCUGUUCUUUCGUUAAUAUAUGGUACCAAGCUCAAUUUCUUAGUUUUGGUCAUUGUUCUGUUGUUAUCUAAGAUGUUAACAUAAGGGGAAGCUAGAUGAAGAGUUUAUGGGAACUCUCUGGAUUAUUUUUGCAACUCUUGUAAAUCUAAUAUCUCAAAAUAAAGCACUAAAAAUAUGUAUUCUGUGGAGACUUCCAGUUAUGGCAAUGUUGUAUGUAAAUAACCUGAGGAAUCUACAAAAAAAAAUGAAAAUUCUGGAACUGAAAUGAAGUACUCAAUAGAAGGCUUAACAGCAAAUUAGACACAGAUGAAGGGAAGACUUGCAGAUAUGUCAGUAGAAAUGAUCCAGGCUGAAGUAUAAAGAGAAAAAAGAUGAAGGAAUAUAGAAAACUACAUUAAAAAAUAUGGGGCAUAGUAAACAGGUCUGUUAUGUAAUUGAAGCCCCAGAAAAAGAGGAGACAAUGUCACAGAAGCAGUAUUUGAAGAAAAAAUAGUUGAGAAUGAUCCAAAAGUAAUGAAGAGUUCAAGCCAUAGAGUAAAGCACUAACAAUCCUAAGAAGGAUAAAAUAAAGAAACUCUACCUUAUGCAUAUACUUAUAUACAUAUACUUACACAUUAUAGUAAAAUUCUGCUCUAAAGACAGGGUUUGGGGAGGAACUUAAAGCAUCUAGAGAAAAAAGACCCACUGCCUUCUAACAGUAAUGACAGACGCUAGAAAAUAUUGGAAUGGAAGCUUCAAAGUGAUGAAAGAAAAUAACUUUCAAUCUAGAAUUCUAAACCUAGUGAAAAUUUUCUUUAAAAGUGAAAAUAAGGAAUUCCCUGGGAGUCCAGUAGUUAGGACUCAGUGCUUUCACUGCCAAGGGCCUGGGUUCAGUCCCUGGUUGGGGAACUAAGAUAUCGCAAGCCACACAGUGUGGUGAAAAAAAAAAAGAAGAUAAAAUGAAGACAUUCUCAGACAAACAAAAACUAGUAAUUCAUUACCAGAUAAUAAUAAUUCAUCACCAGAAGACCUGAACCAAAGGAAUUCUUCAGUCAGAAGAAAAGUCUACCAUAUGGGAGUAGAGAAAUAUAAGAAUGAAGAGCAACAGUAAGGGUAAACUUGUUAAGACAUGUAAAUUAAUAUUAAAUGUAACAUAACCAUAAUAAUAAUGUAGUUAUUAUUAAUAAUUAUAUGUUAUUUAAAUAUAUGUAGAAUUAAAAACAUAACUAUACCCCAAAAGUGGGAGGGGUAAGUGGAUUUAAAGUGUUCCAAGAUCCUUGGAUUCUCUUGGAAGUGUAUAAGUGCUAAUUAAUAUGGAAACUUUAAUAAUUUAAGGUUGCUUGUUGUAAUCUCUACGCUAAUCAUUAUUCAAAUAGUAAAAUGAUUUAAAAAUAACAAGGUAAUGGGGGAAAUGGAAUUUUUAAAAAAUAUUUGAUUAAUAGAAGAUAAGAAAUGAAAAAGGAACAUGGGGGAUAGUACAAAUAGAAAAUAAAAACAUGGUAGAUUUAUACUCAAAAAAAUUUUUAACAUCUUUAUUGGAGUAUAAUUGCUUUACAAUGUUGUAUUAGUUUCUGCUGUAUAACAAAGUGAAUUAGCUAUAUUAUACUCAAAUUUGUUGAUAAUUACAUGAAGUAAUUAAAUGGACCAAGUACUUCAAUUAAAAAUAAGGAUCAGGAGGGACUUCCCUGGUGACGCAGUGGCUAAGACUCCUCCUGCCAAUGCAGGCAACACGGGUUUGAGCCCUGGUCCAGGAAGAUCCCACAUGCCACAGAGCAACUAAGCCCAUGCGCCACAACUACUGAGCCUGUGCACUAGAGCCCAUGAGCCACAACUACUGAGCCCACGUGCUACAACUACUGAAGCCCGUGCACCUAGAGCCCUAGAGCCCACGCUCCACAACAAGAGAAGCCACCACAAUGAGAAGCCUGCGCACCACAAUGAAGAGUAGCCCCUGCUCGUUGCAACUAGAGAGGGCCUGCGCGCAGCAAUGAAGACCCAACGCAGCCAAAAAUAAAUACAUACAUACAUACAUACAUAAAUAUUUUUUUUUUAAAAAAAGAAGGAUCAGGGAAUUCCUGUUGGUCCAGUGGUUAGGACUCCAUGCUUUUACUGCCAAGGGCACGGGUUCAAUUCCUGAUUGGGGAAGUAAGAUCCUGCAAGCCACACAGUGUGGCCGAAAAAAAAAAGAGAGAAGGAUCGUCAGACUGGGUAGAAGAACAAAAACCAACUAAAUGCUGCUAACGUGAGAUAACCUUUAAAAUUAAGGAUAUAGGGCUUCCCUGGUGGCACAGUGGUUAAGAAUGUGCCUGCCAAUGCAAGGGACGCAGGUUCGAACCCUGGCCAGGGAAGAUCCCACAUGCUGCGGAGCGCCACAACUACUGAGCCUGAGCUCUAGAGCCCACAAGCCACAACUACUGAGCCCACGUGCCACAACUACUGAAGCCUGCACGCCUAGAGCCUGUGCUCCGCAACAAGACAAGCCACGACAAUGAGAAGCCUGUGCACCGCAACGAAGAGUAGCCUGCACUCACCACAACUAGAGAAAGUCCGUGCACAGCAACAAAGACCCAACACCGCCAAAAAUAAAUAAAUGAAUAAAUUUAUUAAAAAUUUUUCCAAAAAAUAAGCAUAUAAAUCCCCACUGUAAUGUCUGUUACACACAAACUGUUGUGGGUUCCUGCCAGCCUUAAAAAAAAUGAUCUGAAUUUCUUUCUCCUAAAAAAAAAAAAAAAGGAUACUAAAAGAUUGAAAUAUAAGGAUGGAAAAAGAUAUAAUCAGACAAACCUUAACCAAAAGAAAACUGGUGGGACUUGCCUGGCAGUCCAGUGAUUAAGACUUCGCCUUCCAAUGUAGGGGCUGCGGGUUUGAUCGCUGGUCAGGGAGCUUAGAUCCCACGUGCCUCAUGGCCAAAAAACCAAAACAUAAAACAGAAACAAUAUUGUAAUAAGUUCAAUAAAGACUUUAAAAGUGAUUCACAUCAAAAAGAAAAUCUUAAAAAAAAAGGUAAAAAACUGGUGUGGCUAUGCUAAUAUCAGAGAAAGUAGACAUUAAGUCAAGAAGCAUUAGUAGAAAUAAAGAAGAGGGACAUUUUAUACUGAUCAAAGUUUUUUAAAAAAUCCAUCCAAAAGGUACAACUAUUUAAAAUCUAGGGACUUCCCUGGUGGCACAGUGGUUAAGGAUCCGCCUGCCAGUACAGGGGACACGGGUUCGAGCUCUGGUCUGGGAAGAUCCCACAUGCUGCGGAGCAACUAAACCCAUGAGCCACAACUACUAAGCCUGCACUCUAGAGCCUGCAAGCCACAACUAAUGAGCCUGUGUGCCACAACUACUGAAGCCUGCGUGCUUAGAGCCUGUGCUCCGAAACAAGAGAAGCCACUGCAAUGAGAAGUCUGCACACCACAACAGAGAGUAGCUCCCGCUCACCGCAACUAGAGAAAGCCCGUGUGCAGCAACAAAGACCCAAUGCAGCCAAAAAUAAAUUAAUUAAUUAAUAAAAAAAGAAAAUAAAGUCUAUAUACACUAAUGACCUAGCCUCAAAAUAUAUAAGCAGGACUUCCCUGGUGGCGCAGUGGUUAAGAAUCUGCCUGACAAUGCAGGGGACACGGUUGAGCCCUGGUCCAGGAAGAUCCCACAAGCCGCAGAGUAACUAAGCCCAUGAGCCACAACUACUGAGGCUGCACUGUAGAGCCCAUGGGCCACAACUACUGAGCCCUCGUGCCACAACUAUUGAAGCCCGCACACCUAGAGCCCAUGCUCUGCAACAAGAGAAGCCACCUCAAUGAGAAGCACGCACACCACAACGAAGAGUAGCCCCUACUCACCGCAACUAGAGAAAGCCCAUGUGCAGCAAUGAAGGCCCAACACAGCCAAAAUUAAAUAAAUAAAUAAAUUUAUAUUUAAAAAAUUAUAUAUAUAUAUAGGCAAAAUUUUACAAGUCUAGAAGAAAAACAAACAAUAAUAAACAUGAGAUUUUCACAUUCUUUUCUCAAAAACUUAAAGAGCAGGUAGACAAAAAUAUCAGUAAGCACACAGAAGAAUUGAACAAUAUAAUUAACAAACUAUAUCUUAUUGAGUUAUAUACAACACUGUACUCAGCAAUUGCAAUGUACAAUUUCUUUAAAAGUACACUUGGAACAUUUACCAAAAUUGUCUAUGUGCUGGAUCAUAAAGGAAUUAACAAAUUUCAAAGGACUGAAAGCAUAUAGAGCUUGAACUAAGUAGACUGAAUAACAAAUAUAUAACUAGAAACUCCCCCACAUAUUUGGAGAUUAAGCAAUUCAUUACUAGAUACAUGAGUCAAAGAAGUCAUAACAGAAAUUAGAAAAUAGAAAAUAAUGAAUGAUCAUCUUUAAAUGAUACAUCACAGCUUAUGGGAUGCAACUAAAGACAUGCUUAGAGGAAAAUGUAUAGACUUAUGUUCACAUAUUAGAAAAGAAAUAGGGCUUCCCUGGUGGCACAGUGGUUAAGAAUCCGCCUGCCAAUGCAGGGGACACGGCUUCGAGCCCUGGUCCGGGAAGAUCCCACAUGCCGCGGAGCAGCUAAGCCUGUGUGCCACAACUACUGAGCCCGCGUGCCUAGAGUCUGUGCUCUGCAACAAGAGAAGCCACCACAAUGAGAAGCCCACACACCACAACGAAGAGUAGCCCCCACUCGUCGCAACUAGAGAAAGCCCACGCUCAGCGACAAAGACCCAACGCAGCCAAAAGUAAAUAAAUAAAUUUAAUUAAUUAAAAAAAAAUAGUCUGAAAAUCAGUUACCUAGGUAUACAUCUCAAAAAUUAGAAACGAAUAGCAAAUUAAGCCCAAAGAAGCUGGAAGGAAGCAAAUAAUAAAACAAGAACACAUUUUAAUUAAAUAGAAAACAAAUAUAGUGUAGGAUCAGCAAAGCCAAAAGUUAAUUCUUUGCAAAGAUUAGUAAAAUUGCUUCGUCCCUGGCAAAACUGAUCAAACUGAGAGAAGGUAAAAAUUGCCAGUGUCAGGGGAAAUAAAGACAUCAUUAUGGAUCCUACAGACAUUAGAAAGAUAACAAGAGGUUUAUGAACAACUUUAUGCUUAGAAAUUUGAAAAUGUAGAUGAAAUAGUCAUAAUUUUAAAAAUUUUGUGAAAGCAAUGAUAACAGCAAAAGGAUAAACAUGAAGGUAUAAAAGAGGACAUCAAAAUUAUAAAAUUUGGGGAGGAGAGUAAGAAAAUGUAGAACCGACCCCACCAUAUCUCCGAGGUGUGCCUGUACCCCACAUUGUACUAGCUCAUGAGGGCUGAUCAUGCACAUCUCUUUCCAGCUCUGUGCUCAGGGAUGUCACAUUGGUAUCUUGAAAUUGACCUUAUUGAGGGUUUUUACACCACAGAAAUCAGCCAAUAUUACCAAGUCAGGACUCUCCCCACCCCAAGAACUGGUCGUUAAACAUUUGCCAGCACACUACAGAAUAUAUUAUACUCAUGAAUUGGAAGACUCAUUGAGAGGGGAAUUAGUGAUCUGCAUACUCAUUUAACGAAUAAUAGCCAAUACACUGUUGUCAGUGAGCAAAGGCAAAAAGAAUUUAUAACUGAGAGGGGAGAGGAAAAACUUUAGUCUGGGAACAGUGAAUCUUGUCUGCAUAUUUUGGGGGUAAGAAAGAGGCCAGUUUGGGAGUCUAUUCUUAAGCAGUCUGAAUAAUGAUAUCAAAACAGUUUCAGGGGCUUCCCUGGUAGCACAGUGGUUGAGAGUCCGCUUGCCGAUGCAGGGGACGCGGGUCCGUGCCCGGGUCCGGGAAGAUCCCACAUGCCGCGGAGCGGCUGGGCCCAUGAGCCAUGGCCGCUGAGCCUGCGCGUCCCGAGCCUGUGCUCCGCAACGGGAGAGGCCACAACAGUGAGAGGCCCGCAUACUGGGGAAAAAAAAAAAAAAAAGUUUCAGGAUUUUUAAAAUGAAUUUUCCAGAAAACCUUGCAAAAUUAAUUGUGGAGUAUAUGUGACAGACUGUGUCUUCCAGUGUCCUUUAUUAGUGUUCUUUAUCUUAGUUAGGCCAGGUCUGCACCAUUUCCCUCAAAAAUUUCUCAACUCCCCCCAUUUUGGUCAAAAGUCCCUGGUGUAGAGGAUCUAAACCUAAGGGCUUUAGUCUGUGAUGCAGAAUCAUUAUUGGAUGUCAGUUUGAUCUUGGGGGUAUAACAACAUUUAAACACCUGAGUGUCAAACACAAUGUGAAUAUUAUAACAGACAUUUGGAACAUAUUUUGUGUCCAAUUUUUGGAUAAGUGUAGGUCCAGUCAAGAGAAUAUAUAUUAAAGACAAGAUUGGUCAAUUUUAGUUAAGUAAUUGGUUUUUUCAGCCCCUAUGAUUAAUUGAUCAUUUCAUCUUUUUCAAAAUAUGUAUCCAGGUACUGUAAACUAUUGGCUAUUGUAUAGUGUUCAUUUUUUUGGUGAGAGCACAUCUAUUUAGAAUCAUUCUACUUAAUGAAGUUUUGUUAAUCUAGCCUAAAAUGAGUUAUUUAAAGUCAGUAUUCAUUCUGCUUCUGAAAUUAUCUCAGAUUUGUCCAGUGGGAGCCUUACACGUUGUCUCCCGUGUUCUUUUGAUAUGACCUAGCAGUUUCUUGAGCGCUUCCUUACAUUCUGCCAUCACAAGAUGUUCCAGGCUAAUCUUGUACUCUCUUUGUCCCAGUUCUGGAAUCAGUUUCUAAGAAGCCCUGGUUCCUUUUAGCGGAGAAUGGUAUUUAGAAACCAAGAUCUAAGCACUAGAUCUGCUACUAGCUACUGGGAUGUCAUUGCUUCUAAGUCCUUUAAAUGGAUAGAGGUGGGGAAAAAUAACAGUUUCAGAGGUCCAUCUAUAUAUAUGUAAAUAUAUAUGUACACAUAAACAUGCAUAUAUCCAUAUCCAUGUGCUUACAUAUUUAAAAAUCAUGACUUCAUGCUGAUUCCUCUAACUACAGUCUAAUUCCGCAGUGCCUCCUCCCAUUCCACGCCUAUAGCUCCCUCCACCCACAGUCAUCUGAAGAAUCUUGGAAUAACAUUCUACUUGUGGAAGUCUCUGCAUCUAGUUUAGUGAGUCUCAGGGUCAGAUCACCGCAGUGACUGCAUGUCCAGUUGCAGGAUUCUAAAUAUUUAUACUGUGGGAGGCAUACAGCCCAGAUGUAUUAAUGUUCUGGGACUUAAGAACAGCAUUUGUGGUUAAAAGUACUUGAUAGAAGAAAACAAAGAAAGAAAGUACUUAACAUGGUCCCUUCCAGCAUGGUUUUAAGGGUAACUUUCAUUGGAGUCUCUUUUAAUAUGUUCAGUGUUCCAGUUACUGUAACCAUGUAACACAUUGCCCCCAAGACUUGGCAGCGUGAAACAGCAGUUUGCUUUCUGAUCAGAUAGGACACAGCUAGGAGAGUUUAUCUCUACUCUGUGAUAUCUGGGGCCGCAGCCGAGAGACUGGGGCCAAAGUCUCACUCACUCACACGUGUGGUGGUUGGUGCUGGCUUUCAGCUGAGACCUCAGUUCCUCUGCCUGAGGCUUCUCCACCUCAGCUAGUUCCUUUCCUUUCCCUUCCCUUCCUCAGAGCACAGUGGCUGGUUUCCCCAGGGCAAGCCUCCCCCAAAGAGAAACGCAGUCUGCCACUGUCCGUUAUAUAAAUUGAAUUGUAUCUAGUGAUGUCUCUUAGAAAUGCACCUUGCAUCUGUUGGGCAUAUGACUGUGUGCCUAAGUUAUUUACCCAGCUAAACUAUAAAGUUUAAGGAUAAAAACAUUUUCAAAUUUGCCAAGUCUUUAAAAAUGUAUGUCCCAUGCACCCUUUCUCAGGAAACUCUUAGGGAACAUGCUCCCCUAUAUAAGUGAGUAAACCAAGGAAGAGGAAGGCUUGAUGUGUGGGAAACGAGAGAUCCAGCAUAGGAGAGACAUGCAGGAAAGGCCCAGGUCAGUAAUGGUUAAGGAGCUCUGUAGUUACUGCUGGUACAAAGCUUAACAACUUAAAACAACAAUUUUAUCGUGCUUGUAGAUUCUUUGGAUCAGAAAUUCUGACAGGGCACAAUGGGAAUGGCUUGUUCCAUGAUGUUUGGAACCUAGCUGGAAAAAGUCAGUGACCAGGGGUAACCUGAAAGAUGGGGCUGGAACUCUCUGAGGCAUUUUCACUCACAGAGUAGUUGAUGUUAGUUGUCUGUCGAGGGUGCUAACAGAGCACAUGCACAUGUAUUCUCCAUGUGGCCUGGGCUUCCUCACAGAAUGGCUACCUCAGGGUAAUCAGGCAGCUCAAAGUGAGUGAUCAGAGCUUCGAAGUGAGUAUUCUAGCAAGUAAGGGGGAGGUUGCAUCACUUUUUUUUUUUUUUUGGCUGUGUUGUGUCUUUGUUGCUGCGCUCAGGUUUUCUCUAGUUGCGGCGAGCAGGGGCUACUCUUCGUUGCAGUGCACUGGCUUCUCAUUGCAGUGGCCUCUCUUGUUGCGGAGCACGGGCUCUAGGCACCUGGGCUUCAGCAGUUGCGACACAAGGGCUCUAGAGCGGAGGCUUGGUAGUUGUGGCACACGGGCUUAGUUGCUCCACGGCAUGUGGGAUCUUCCCAGACGAGGGCUCGAACCCAUGUCCCCUGCAUUGGCAGGCGGAUUCUUACUUAACCACCACGCCACCAGGGAAGCCCCUUAAGAUUUAAUUUUAUUUUUAUUUCUUUGGCUGCGUUGUGUCUUUGUUGCUGUGCGCGGGCUUUCUCUAGUUGCGGUGAGCAGGGGCUACUCUUUGUUGUGGUGUGCGGGCUUCUCAUUGCAGUGCCUUCUCUUGUUGCAGAGCACGGGCUAUAGGCAUGUAGGCUUCAGUAGUUGUGGCACACGGGCUCAGUAGUUGUGGCACACAGGCUCUAGAACUCAGGCUCAGUAGUUGUGGCGCAUGGGCUUAGUUGCUCCGCGGCAUGUGAGAUCUUGCCAGACCAGGGCUCUAACCCAUGUCCCCUGCAUUGGCAGGUGGAUUCUUAUCCACUGUGCCACCAGGGAAGUCCCUGCAUCACUUUUUAUGACCUAACCUUGGAGGUUCGUUUCCCUUGGAAUACAUGAGAAAGUCAUUACUUCCUCUGCAUUGCUGUAGGUUACAAAUGAGUCACUAAGUUUAGCCCAGAUUCGAGGGGAAGCUACAUAGAUAGACCUCACCUCUCAAUGGAAGGACUGUCAAAGAACUUCUGGAUGUGUCUGAAAACUGCUACAGGGGUUGUCCUGUCCUGGGUCAUAGCAGUAGGUGUAGCAAGCGACCAGUCCAGAUUAAAAGAGGCCAGAGGCUCUAGGAAGGGUUGACUUGUGGGGGUGACACUGAUAAGAGUCCCUGAUACAUCUGGACAUCUUGGAAGGAAAUUUGUAGGGUAGUGGAAAGAGAUUAAAUUAUUGAUAAGCACAAACCAAACAAAAUAAUUGGUUGAUUAACUUUCGGAAAAACAAAAAGUGUAUAAGGGAGAAUUUCAUGCUCAGCUGUGAAUAGCAUUUACAUAGCAACAAUAAUGUAAACAUUACUGAUCUAACCAUGAGUGUGAUGUAACUUACAUCGGGAAGAUGAGGGAGAAGAAGGGUGUGGCAUGCGGUGAGCUGGCUAAGGGUGAGGAAAGAGAGAAUAUCCAUAUCACCCAUCCAUAAUUAAUGCCUAAAACUGAAAAAAAAAAAUUAGCAUGCCAUCUGGAGCCACGGAAGUAAAUUCCAAAAUAAUCAGCUAAAGGAGGAAAAAGUGUUUGUGGUUGGGUGUGGGAAAUGGCAGGGGUAGAGGCAGGGGAAGAGGGCAGGAUUUCUAUUUUCGAAAUUUUGUAGAACUCUUUGCCUCUUUAAACUAUGUGGUUAUCCAACUUCGAUGAAAAUAGCUUAAAAAGAAAACUUUUUACUGAAAGAAACGCCAUGCCCAGAUCAUUUUACAGGUGUACACCAUCAAACAUUCAAGCUAAUCCUGACCUUAUAUAAACUGUCAGAGACUACAAAAAGAAGGAACAUACCCUCAUUCUUAGGUAAUGAGCCUGCUGUGGUCUGAAUGUUUGUGUCCCUCCAAAAUUCGUAUGUUGAAAUCCUAACCCUCAAAGAUGAUGGUAUUAGAAGGUGGGGCCUUGGGGAGGUGCUUAGGUCAUGAGGGUGAAGCCUUCGUGAAUGGGAUUAGUGCCUUUCUGAAGAGGCUCUAGAGAGAUCCCUUGCCCCUUCUGCCACUUGAGGACACGGUGAGAAGGUGCCAGCUGUGAAUGGAAGAGGGCCCUCACCAAAACACAGCCAUGCUGGCAUCUUGAUCUUGGACUGUCCAGCCUCCAGAACUGUGAGAAAUACAUUCCUGUUGUUUAUAAGUCACCCAGUUUUAUGUCAUUUUGGACUAAGAGCCUAAUGUUACCUUGACACCAAAGCCAAAUAAGGAGCUCUGACAAUGAAAGUCAUAAGCCAGUUUUGCUUAAGAACAUAAGCCCGGGAGGAUGAUGGCUGCCGUGGCCGUGGCUGUUUGCGAGGACUCGGCAUCUGGGAUGAAGGCGGAGCUUGUUCCUCGGCCUGCGGCAGGGGGGAGGGAGAUGACCCAAGAAGAAAAGCUGCAGCUUCGGAAGGAAAAGAAACUGCAGAAGAAGAAAUGGAAGGAGGAAAAGGGGGAAGAACCAGAAACUGGCUCUGCUGUAUCUGCAGCCCAAUGUCAAGGCCCGACCAAAGACCUGCCUGGACUGGACAGUCAGUUGGGCAGUGCCAAGGAGAAAGUUCCAGCAGGUGGGAGUAAGGCUGAACUUCGAGCUGAAAGGCAGGCCAAGCAGGAGGCUGAGCGGGCCCUGAAGCAGGCAAGAAAAGGGGACCAAGGAGGGCCACCUCCUCAGGCCUGCCCCAGCACAGCUGGAGAAACCCCCUCAGGAGUGAAGGGUCUACCCGAGCAGAGUCAGGUUGAUGACUCCACGCUUCUGAGGAGGCUUGUUAAAAAACCAGAACGACAGCAGGUUCCUACACGAAAGGAUUAUGGACCCAAAGUCAAUCUCUUCUCCCACCUACCCCAGUACAGCAGACAGAACUCUCUGAGCCAGUUUAUGAGCAUCCCAUCCUCUGUGACCCACCCAGCCAUGGUGCGACUCGGCCUGCAGUACUCCCAGGGCCUGGUCAGUGGCUCCCAUGCCCGGUGCAGCCUGCUUCGUGCCUUGCAGCAGGUGAUUCAGGACUACACCCCACCUCCCAGUGAAGAACUGUCAAGGGACCUAGUGAAUAAACUAAAGCCCUACUUCAGCUUCCUGACUCAGUGCCGUCCCCUGUCAGCGAGCAUGUACAACGCCAUCAAGUUCCUUAACAAGGAGAUCACGGGUGUGAGCGGCUCCAAGCGGGAAGAGGAGGCCGAGUCAGAACUUCGAGCAGCCAUCGGACCAUAUGUGCAAGAGAAGAUUGUGCUUGCAGCUCAGGCAAUCUCACGCUUUGCUUAUGAGAAGACCAGUAAUGGAGAUGUGAUCCUGAUAUAUAGAUGCUCAUCUCUGGUAUCACGAAUUCUUCAGGAGGCUUGGGCUAAGGGCGGGCGGUUUCGGAUGGUAGUGGUGGACAGCCGGCCACAGCUGGAGGGAAAGCACACGCUACGUUCUCUGGUCCGUGCUGGGGUCCCUGCCUCCUACCUGCUGAUUCCUGCAGCUUCCUUUGUGCUCCCAGAGGUUUCUAAGGUGCUGUUGGGAGCUCAUGCACUCCUGGCCAACAGGUCUGUGAUGUCACGGGUAGGGACAGCACAGCUGGCCCUGGUGGCACGGGCCCAUAAUGUGCCAGUGCUGGUCUGCUGUGAAACAUACAAGUUUUGCGAGCGUGUGCAGACUGAUGCCUUUGUCUCUAAUGAGCUAGAUGACCUUGACGAUCUGCUGUGUGAGCGAGGAGAACGUGUGGUCCUGGCUGACUGGCAGAACCACUCGUCCCUAUGGUUGUCGAAUCUGGUCUGUGAUAUGACCCCCCCAGAACUGGUGGAUCUGGUGAUCACGGAGCUGGGCAUGAUCCCUUGCAGUUCUGUACCUGUUGUGCUGCGAGUCAAGAGUAGUGACCAGUGAGUGGAGGGACACAGGGUCAAUAAAUGACAUACUCCCUACACUUAAAAAAAAACAAAAAACAUAAGCCCAGUCUCAUCCCCCAGCCUUUUGGAGCUGUGAGAGGGCUUGUCUGUCCUGAGAUGGGGAGCAGAAUGGGAUGCUGGCUGUGAGUGCUGGAGGCUAAGGAGUUGUGGUAGGAAUAAAGAUCUGUACCUUAUAUGCCAGGGGCUUAUUAUGUUUCCUAUAAUUUCAUUUUUGUUUUCUUUCCAUAUUUUGGUAAAUUUAAAAGACAUUUGAAACAAACAAAAAAAAAGAACAUAGGUUCAGAAAUAUUAAGUAAAAAACCAAGCAAGAAGAAACACGCACGCACGCACGCGCGCACGCACACACACACACACACACAUCCACCCCAGGAGCAAAUUGAGUAUAACCCAGGAAUGCAAGGGAUGUCUUCACAGUGGCCCUUGAGUUGGCAGUUGGCUGCCCUGAGCCUGUCAAUUUUUUCCUCCAUGGCUUCCAGUGCUGUUAUGGAAAGCCAGCCCACUGUGCAAUCCGUGUACUUACUCUUCCCAGACCUUGCAACCGCGCCGUAGCUACCACGUUUCAAUGCCCGCCUGCACCUCAUUUAAGUCGACCAUGGGUGAAAGCCUUAGUAAUCUCAGGGGUCAUCACACCCUACUUCCCACCAGCUAGAGUUCUGAUCGCUGCCAGACUGGGGAGAAAGCCAACUCCAGAAUCACAUCCUAAGGGUCUGCUGUUUUAGGACCUUUCUGACGCAAAGUGUCAUAGCCUGGGUUCCCCAUAAUGCGGAGUCUGAGGUGGUGAGAUUUUGUGCUGUCAUUUACAAUUCCAGGGAGGAGUGAGGAAAGGGGAUGGAAGGAGGCAGAACCAAUACAAGAAUUACUGAGCUGACUUCCAGAAAGUGCAGUUGAUUAUUUUAUCUUGUGAGACAUCCCUUCAUAAACUGCUGGAUCCCGCCCCUUAUUGCUUGGGGGUUUGCCUUGUGUGGCUGGGAGCAAGACUCUCUGGAGGCCUGCCUCAGUGGACAUGAGGGGCAGCCACUGCCAUGAACACCUCGAUCCGUAAUGACAGCAAUGGCUGCAGCUAGCCCCGAGUCUGGAGAAUAGCAGCAGAUUGAGGGUAUGGUGCCAGGGCUGUCCCGUGCACGUGUGCAGACCUGAAGAGGCAAAACUGAGUUAGUAUCCUUGCCAUAUGGAAAAUAAUUUAAUCCCUACCUCCCUCCAUAGCUGAAACAAAAUACUUUCCAGAAAAGAUCUCAAGCAAAAAUUUAAGAAGAAAAUAUAGGAGAUAUAGAAAGAUUUCUUGAAACUGAAGUAUAAACCUUGAACAAAAUGUUGAUAAAUUUUAUAUGAAAAUUUUAGAAACUGUACGCCAAAAGGUAAUACAAGUUAUAAACUUAUACAAGUUAUAUAUUGGGUUGGCCAAAAAGUUCAUUCGGGGUUUUCCGUUACGUCUUACAGAAAACUGAACCCAAUACUUAUACUUUAUAAGGUAUAACACACACCUUAUAAAGAAUUAGUACCCAGAAUAUAUAAAGAAUUCCUACAAAUCAAUACGAAAAAGACAAAGUACCCAAUGGCAAGUUGGCACUACGAACAGACACAUCACACAAGAGGAAGCCCAAAUAGCAAAUAAACAUACGAAAAGAUGCUCAUCAUCAUUAAUAACAGAGAAAUAAAAAUUAAAACUAUAAUAUGGGUCUCUCCACACUUGGAUCUGGUUCACAGGUGGAUUGAGGCAAUAUGUUGUACUGGCCAAAAAUGGAUUUAAAUGUUGAUUUAGGCAUACAUACCUAUGAAGACAUGCUUCAAAUUUAUGGAGCUGUUUUCUGGUGGGAGGCUGGGGCAGGGCUUCAUCUGUAUUUUUAAUGUUUUACUUCUUAAGCUGGGUGAUGGAAACACGGCUUGUCAUGUUAUAAUUUAUACGUUUUUCCCAGUGUAAUAGUUCACGAAACAGAAGGCAAAGGUGUGUGCAUGUAUGGAGUUCCUCUUCCGUGCCAGGUUCAUUACAUUUAUCCCCCCACCCCCUUCCCAUAUUAUUCAGUGAACCCCAGACUUCAUAGCCUUUGUCCACACACGUCGCUUUGCCUUU